UUUCAAGAUGGCGGACUCGCAAUGAGUGGACAACGCAAAACUAGACGAAAUAGGGGUUUUAGCACGCUUUAACGUCCUCAUUAGCUAUAGCUUCAUUUUUACUUAUGACUUAGCCGAGAUUAUCCGCUAAUUUUAAUGUUAAAUCAUCCAUUCUAUGCAAAUGUUGGCUGGUUUUGUAAAUUCUAAUUUUGGUUUUUAACAAGCAAAGAAAUAUGCUAGAUGGCAGUGUUUGUGCAUCUGACAAGCAGAAAGAAGUCGAAACAACGAUUGAAACAAAGAAAAAUACUAGUAAACGGCAUCUAUUUGACGAUGUAGAUGGUAAGAUUGCUAAUACUAUACAAUUAUCUAUGACCCAAGUAAUCAGCACUAUCAUGCAGCAGACAGUUUUUAGUUUUAAGAGUUCGAAAAUUGAAUAGUAAAUAUAUAGAGAAAUCAAAAUUGCAUGUCCAAGAUCUUGGUUACGACAGUCCACAGUUAGUGGUGAGGCUGGAUCUUUAUCAGUGCUAAUAUAUCUUUUUACAAAGUGACUAUAUGACCGGCAGCCGGUCACGGUUUAUCAAAUACUAAAUGGCCGGCAGUCUAGUGACUAUAGUUGAAUAUAAAAACUUUUGUUUGCGGUAACUUUUACCCAGCUUGCCGUUAGCUCAUACGACAAGGGCGCUGCGUGCGGAAAGUUAAACGCAGUCGGGGUCGGGAUGUGUUUUGUCUGACUUAGCAUUGUUUUUUCUUAAAAUGUUUUAAACUUUUUUUCCGACUUUUCUAACUUUCAAAAGGUUAGGGGUUAGGGGUUAGGGUUAGAAAAGGGUUUGGGGUUGGGGAUAGGUUUAUCUUAUAAAAAUUCAACUUUAACAAUAGUCACUAGACUGCCGGCCAUUUAGUAUUUGAUAAACCAUGACCGGCUGCCGGUCAUAUAGUCACUUCGAUCUUUUUAUAUAAGGUACGUUCAACAAAUAGAGUUUGUCCUGCUUUGUGCAUGGACUUGUUCCAUGGGAGGGGGGGGGGGGGGGGAUAGCUAUUAAUCCGUGAUUACAAAAUAAUUGGGAUGAAAACAUACUUAAUUAAAGAGGCUGUUAAGUAUGUUCUGCUCUAACCUGUGAUCAGGCUCUAUUUUACAAAUAAUAGCCUGACACAAUCCUUAAUCCGAUCGCUUUCCACCCACAGCAAAGUUUAUAUUUAGUAUCCAAUCAAAAUGUCGCAGGAGAAAUUUAAAUUUCACACUGCGACAACAACAAUCUAAUUAUAGUUCUGAUCACUAUAAAUAUAUCAAUGACAAUAUAUAAUGUAAUUAGCACCAACCAAUCAAAUGACAGAUUAAAAAAUCUUUUGUCUCAUAAACCAACCAGAUUUCCAACCGAAAUACGGUUGUAAAAACAUGGACUUUUGUUAAGAUUUGUAUCAGGCCUAUUUAUUUAUUUAUAGGCCUGAUCGCAGGUUAGUUCUGCUCAUGCAUGUGUUUUGUUUCAAACAAUAGAAAAUUUAAUUAAAAUUCCGAUCUGGUUACCUCAUUACGCAUUCAGAAUAUAUUACAAAGGAAAAAUUGAACUACUAUUAAAAGCAAAAAUUUAGCCCCCAAACAACAAAUUUUAAAGGAAAACGCUAAGAAGCACUUCUUGUACAGAGGUAUGGACAAAAGAUUGAAAAUAUUUGUACACAUUUUGCUUCAAAACGACAAAUUUAAGAUUGAAAAUGUUAAGAACCACAUCUUUAUACAAAGGUAUGGACAAAAUUUGUACAAAUUGCAGUCAAAUAUUGUCCAGACCUCUGUAAGAAGUGCUUCUUAGCAUUUUCCAUUUUGGGGGAAAAAUGUUUGCUUUAGUAGUUCAAUUUUCCUUCGUAAUGUGGUAACUUGUGGGCCCACAGAUCGGAAUUUUAAUUAAAUUAUCUAUUGUUUGAAACAAAAGUGUAAACAAAACAUGUGCAUGAGCAGAGCAGACUUGACAGCCUCUUUAACAUUUGAAUGCAAAGAUUCACUAAUGUCACUCGUCCAACAAUCUGUGCAAAAAAUGCCAAAAAUGGUGUGCUGCUAUGCCUUCAAAUAUUUUGAUGCAACAUGACCUAAUAAUGGGGCUAUUAUUACACUGCUGAAAUUAUUACACUGCUGAAAUAGUAAUCACAGAUGAAUAUUGAAUACUGAUCAAUGAUAACAUUGUUUUAAAUUAGAAUGAUAUUUCAAGCGAUGUUCAUGUAAACGUACAAUACAGUCUAUUCAGAGUCAUUAUAAAUAUGCCAGAAACAAUGGCUUGCUGUUGAAUCUUCGAUACAUGGCUGAAUAGCUAAAUUUAGUGAAGAUCUGGAAAAGCCCAAAAUCCAUAAUCACAAUCACAAUUGUUACCACUCAAGAGAGUCAGAAAAAAAUAAUAAUUUCAUUUUAGGAUUUACUGAUGAAGAUCUGGAAAAGCCAAAUUUCUCAAGAAAACAAUCAUCAGAAAAAGUUCCAUUUAUCUUGUCAGAUGUUGGCAAUCCACCUGUAGUUCAGGUGUGUCCAUUUAUCCUUGUACAGUAUGCGGUAUAUAUAUUUACUGUAUAAUAUAGUCAUCCACCAUAUAUGCAUGAGCUGUUCACACAGCACAAUUUGGUAUUGAGCAAAGGCUAUAGGAUUUAAUUCUACCUCACAUCUAUACCUUUUUGUGAAUUUUGCCUUUUUUCCACUAUUAUAAUUAAAUGUGGUCUGCAGUCUGAAAGUUUUGUUACUUAAUUAAAGAGAUUUAUUUAUUCACAUGAUAACAAUGACAAUAACAAGACUAUAGGCAGGGUGAGUGCAACAGCGUGAGCCAAUUACUGAAUGUGGGUCCAAUGAUUUAGACAUUUACUGUACUCAACUAUACAUAUGAACUGCACAAUUCAGGAUUUGUCUUCCAGUCAAAAAUCGAGGGGCAAAUCACUCCAGAAGUCUCGUACACUGAAAAGUCCUUAAUAGUAUGUGUCAUUGACAAUUCAUAUAAAUAUAGUUGACAAUUCUUGAAAUUCAUAAAAAAAAUCCUCUUAUUAAAAAUAUGAAAUGUAUAUGCCUGAAUUGAAUGAAAAUCACAAUAUUCUGGAAGAAUAUGAGGGAAUCAACAUGCUGUAUACAUAUGUGAUUCUGACCACUGCUCUAGUACGAGUAUUUUAUUCUAAUUUUUUCUCAUCAAUUACUGUAAGUAUUUGGAAAAAGAGGCUGAGGAUAUAAUUUUGUUUACUAUAUAGCGUUACCAUUGAACAUGGGCGGAUUUACUGGGGCAGGGUUGGGGGGGGGGAGGGUUAACCCCCCUCUAGAAUCUCUCUAACCCCUCUUAUAAAGUGUUCAACCCCACCAAAAUUUUGCUUCACCCCUCCUAUUUAACCGUAACGCCUAACCCCUGCUGAAGCUCGCUCGGUGAUACCGCUUGCACCCCACUAGAAAUUUUUCCACCCCUCCUUUAAAAAAAAGAAAAUCCACCCUUGCCAUUGAAAACAAUAGGGAAAGGUCUGACAAAUUCUUAGACUAUAAAAUUUCUGGUACAGUUUUUGCAGUGUUUUGUACGUCCCUCGUCAAAAUGAUUUUUUAAAAGAGUUAAUACUUAAAUGUAUCGAAUAUCGAUUUUUUACUUUGUCUUUGAGUUUCAUUUAUGGCCCAAUCAGCCAUUUGGCAGAUUUGCAUUGCUCUCAACCAAUGACAGUGUGUGAUUGCCAAACUUUUACGAUCUUCUAUUUUUUGUUUGCAAUGACGUAAUUUUGGGAUUUUAGUUGACGGGCAGGUAUAACAAAAAAUGGCUAUUUUAAUGUUUUGAUCGAGUUUAGAGACAGUUUAAGACUCAAAAGAUGAAUUACCAUUGAGUUUUUCUUGCUACAACCAUUCUGAUAGGAGAAAAAUCGUCCACAAGUUGUUUGAUUACCCGUCAUUUGGAUGAAAAGUCACGUGAUUGCAAACAAAGAAUACCUGCGAAAGUAAACGCUAUUUAUGUAUUUUAUUAAAUAAACGCUAUUUAUUUAGAGAACCUGGACAAAGAUGGAUAAAUAAUCGAAAGUAUUGAAAAACAUUUAUGUCUAAUUAACUAUUUCCUUGUGCAUGUAUUAUUACUCCAUUAUUGUAGAAUGUUAUUAGCCCUUAUCCCACUCACGAAAACAAGGCUUUAAAACCAAGGCCUCAUUUAUCCAACGGUAUAUGGUGCAUUGAAAUGUAUUUAAUUUCAAAGGUGCCAUCUACAAUCAAUCAAUAUUUACGUGAAUAUCAAAAGGAAGGGAUAGCGUUCCUGUAUAGACAAUAUUCCAGUGGGAAAGGAGCCAUUUUAGCUGAUGAUAUGGGCUUGGGAAAAACUGUUCAGGUAAAGAAUUCUAAUUUGCAAAAUCACUCGUGCACCAAAAUGUUUAAUUUAACUACAUAUACUGUACGUCUGUAUUAGAGACCUUACUAGACCAUGGGGCGAAAUUUGUAAACAGCUUAGAAAUUGAAAUUCGUUCCUGAAUCAUGAAACCAAUCAAAACUCGGUCAAUAGGUGCAAGAAUAUAUACUAAAAGUAAAUACACAAAUUUGUUCAAAAAUUUCCUUUGCAAAAUCAUGAAAUUCACGCGACUUUUCGUAUAAACAAAACCCGUCCGCCAUCUUGGAUUACAAGGCUCCACUUAGAUACUUCAUGUUAUUUUGGCCCCUGUGACAGGAUACUUCAUGUAAUUUAAAGUUAUUUUUAUUAAUUUUUAAUCAGGUAAACAUUUGCAAAAUUGAAUAAACACGCUAAACGUCGAAAAUUUAAGGCGUACUGGAAAAUUUCGUAAAUAAUAUAUAUUCUUUUAAUCAUAUCGUUUAUAAUUUCUUUCAAUUUCUCAAGUAAUCAAGAAGCGCGAAUAUGCACGCGCGAUGGUACACAGGCAUGUUCACUAUUAGGAUAUGUUUAUGUAAUAUGUAUUAUUUUUAAAAAUCCCCAAAAGUAGAAAAAGGAAAAUCGGUUCAUUAAGUAUAGACAUCACUACGGCAUAAAAUGGAAGGAACUGUUCAUUACACCGCCACGAAACCGAAAACGUUCACCACACCAGCAGGGACCUUUCAUGUAAUAAUCUUUAUAUAGACAUCACGGAUGAGAAAGAAGGAACUGUUUAUUUUUUGCGAUAAAACAUCAUAUACUAAAGGGUGGCAAAUCCAAGUCAUCCUCAACGGCGCUGAUUUGAGAUGAAUCAUCGGGUACUUCGGUUUCGUUGUCAUCUUUCCCAUUCCCACAGUCCUUGCAUCUGCACAUGUCUGUACAUAACAAUUUGUUCGUUAAACAUGAACAGCCACCCUUAAUGCACUUGGUAGUCUUACAGCCACAUUUAACAACCUUCAGUAGACAUUCUGGAGCCGCAGGUUUGGUCUUCCACACAACAUCAAUAACACCGUCUUUGACAGACCAGCCGUAGCCGUCAGGAGACGGAGCAUCUAUGGUUGAAUAGUUCAACUGGUACCAUAUUAGUCUUAAUUAGGUCUUUACUUCUAGGGGGCCAUUUGCUCUGCUCUGGCUGGACAUUGUUUAUUUUGUUCUUCAAAUAAACACCUUUAAAAUGGAAAAAUGUCCCUCUGUUGUAAAGUUGUAAUGAGUAUUUAUAGGAUUAUACGUUUGAGGGAAGAACAAAUAAAUUUGAAUAAUUUCGUAAUUUAUACAUUAAUUUUGUACCCAUUUAUACAUUUCGUUUGUCGAGUCAAAUACAAACAACGAAUUCAUGCAACAAAUUUGAUGGGCUAACCAAAUAAGCUUGUAACAAACUAAACCAAAUAACAAACUGUCCAAAUAUUGCUGUAUAUUUGUACUCCUUAGAAUAAUACACCACUAAAAAAUCUAAAAAUUCUAACCUGACAUAAACAAUUCUUUAAAUGUAUUUUCAGAACUGCCUUCCUGACUUGUUUGAUGCCUGUCAAUUCUACUACUUCUAAUCUCAUUUUCUAAAACUUCUGAAGAGUCAUUUUCAUCACUUUCAUCUUCAACACUAGAAACUUGACUUGUAGGCAAGUACUGCUGUGCUAUGUCACCAGCUGUUACAUUUUGACAAUAUACAAUUGUGGAUUCAUUCCUAAAAGAAUACGGUAUUAUCAGUACAGGCAUGUUAAUUGUCAAAAACAUAUAUAAUUUUAGUUCUAUUUGAGUGUAUAGCAUUGAUCAUAAUGUUUUCACACUUAUAAACGAAAAACACUGAGUGAUUUACAAACCUUCUUGAUGGAAUGUGAAACACAAGUUGCUCAAAAUCCCUUUGUAAUCUCACUCUCAACAUAUCAGAUCUUAAAGAGAAAAAAUGGGUAAUUAUCCAACUAAGACAAUCAAGAGAUGUGACAUUUUUACAAAAAAAAUGUUUCUAAAAUAAUAAAUUAAUGCAUAUAAUGAUAUAUAAGCCCAUACCGUAUGUUUUCUAGGUGCACACGUUCUUCAAGCUGUAUAUGUUUGAGAAGUAGUUGCUGCAAUUUCGUCAAGCGCAGAAUCUCACAAUUCACUUCUAACCUUUCUUUGAUCACUAUUUUACAGAAAGCAUCAUAACCUGCUUUGUGCUCAGAAAAGAAGUUUGUUUUCCUAAAACGUAACAUGUAACCAUAAGGGACGGACCAUUAGAAAAGUGAUAAGUGAUGGGGGGGAGGGGGGAUUUUCUAAGGGGCAAUAUUUUUUUUUUUGUACACCUAUAGAAGAAAUUUUUUUUUUCUCACUUGAUGGCUGGAAAUAUAUAUUUUUAAAUUAAAAUUUAUAGGCCUAUCUUCCAAGGAAGGAUUUUUUUUGCACUAUGGCUGGGAAGAUUUUUUUUUUCUAAUUUGUUUCUGGGAAUAAUUUUUUUGGGGGGUUUUUGCCCCCCCCCCCCAUCACUUUUCUAAUGGUCCGUCCCUAAAUAAGAAAUGUACUUUAUUUCCUAUUUGUAUUGUUAAUUUUCAAGUGAAGGUAAACAACAACAAAGACAUCUGAAACAUUAUCUAUAAAAAUUAACUGUAAAAAUCAAAACUUACUUUUCACCAACAGAGUCAUUUCCUUUUAAAACACGGACAUAAUCAUUGUAGCAGCUCUUGUGGUACUGGACCUCAAUACAUGAACAGUCUUUUCCUUCGAUUUCCUCUAAUGUCCUUCAAGAUAGUUUCGUCAUCUAUCCUUUCAGCAGCACUACGAAGCUGGCCUAAAAAGUGGGAAAAUGUGUGCCUUUGAAAAUGUGUGCCUAAAAAGUGGCGAAAUGUGUGCCUUUGAAAAUGUGUGCCUUUGAAAAUGUGUGCCUAAAAAGUGGGAAAAUGUGUGCAUUUUGUGCCUUUGAUAGACUACACUUGAUAAGUUGACUAUAAAUCAUUAUAUUUUAAGCAGAAAAUAACCAACGUGAUAAGAAUACACACAUACUGAACAUCCCCUCUACUUUGGGCUUUCUAUCUCAAUCUUACCUGCAUCUGAUGUUUCUGCUUUAGACAAUGAUUCAUGCACCCACUUUCCCUUAAUCUUAGUCCUUUUAGUUAACUUUUUGCAAAUAAUACACAACUUGGGUAGAAUUGUAUGUGGUUGUUGAGACAUCUUUGGGACCUUGCUUCGGAGAAAUGGCAUUUUGGGUUUUGAUGGUGGUACAGCUGGUUCUUCUUCCAUUUUCCUUUUUCUCUCUAAAGUUCUCCUUGCCUGCAUAUAGAAAUAAAUAAUCUACUAUCUAACACAAUGGUACAUAUAUAUAACUACAAAAUACUACUACAAAAAAAAGGCUAUUACGGUAUUGCAUAACAUUUUAGCAUAGCUUUUUAAUACUUUAUAAGAAAUACAUUUAAACAAAUUUAAUAUAACUAAUGCAAAUAAUACUCCCAUUCCAAAAAAAAGUAUAAUAUUACAAAUUACAAUAUGCUGUAAAGUUAAAUUGACAAACUUACUUUGUUUAUAAUAGAAAUAUUAGUAAAUUUUUGAUAGCACUCCUCGUGGAAUCCAAAAUCUGGAUAACGUUGUUUGGCAUCUUCCAACCGAAUCAGGCCACUAUUUAUAUCAACGAAAUCGGUCAAUCCUUUUCUUUCCAAAAUGAGAGCAAUGUCAAAUUGUUUUCCGUAUAAACCUUUCCAAUCUUCGAUUUGUUUUACUAAUGUCUCUAACCUCUUACUUGUUAGCGGUUUAAUAUCGCACUUUGCAUCAUCAACAAUAUGUAAAUAACACUUGUUAUUCAAAUAAGGCAAAAUUUGGGCAGAAGUUGAAGCCGCCAUGUUGUUUCUAACCCUAUCAACAUUACACCCCUAUUAUCCCGUCAAAAUCUUGAUAUGUUCCCUGUUAAACCCCCAUUAUCCCCGAAGCUGUAAAAAGGGUCAAAAAGAUAAAAUUUUCACAUUUUGCAAAGGAAAUUUUGGAACAAAUAUUUGAUUUUAUAUUUAUCAUACUGUGAUCUAACUAAAUAACUAAAGUUUAGGUAGUUUCGUUAUUCAGGAACGAAACUGAAAGAUAGCAAUUUCGCCCAAUGGUAUACGAUUUAGGACGGCAACGCGACGGCAACGAUUACCAAUACAAUAAAUAAUUGAAAAGAAUUCAAUAAUAUAUGAGUAAUUUAGACAUUGUCCUUCGCUCUGUUUACAACGCCAAAUCACAGAUUUUCACGUCUUGAUACAACGUCAACGGCUGCAUUUCAAUCCGCAACAAGUGCAACUUCAAACUGGGUUCAGCAGAACUCUUCCCAACCAUAAAACCCAUGUCUUCAACUUCUAAGACUGUAUUAAAUUCAUACGAUUGAUAAUAUACGACGAAUUAUCUUUUAUACCUGUACUACCAUUUAUUUGAAGGAGUUUGUUUUGGCCGUCGCGUUUCCGUCCUAAAAUCGUAAGGUCUCUAAUGUACAUUGACGGAGACGUCAUCUCGCUCCGUUUAGAAAUCGUGCUCAAAUUGUUGCCGCAAAAGUGACGUUUUCAAACAAUUUCGCUCCGGCGUAGUGUGAACGUAAUCUCAUCCUGCAUGAGAGCUGACAGUCACGCAACCUUGGUUAGCUGUUCUUAAUGCUUUCCCAACACUUGUAACACAACGAACGUUGUGUCAAAUUUUGGAGAUAAUCGGUUUAAAUCCGAGUUUCAAAAUCGCAAUUUUGUACCCCACGUGAAAACGCACAAGUUGUUACAGAUCUGCAAACAAGUUGUUACAGAUCUGCAAAUAAGUUGUUACAGAUCUGCAAACAAGUUGUUACAGAUCUGCAAAUAAGUUGUUACAGAUCUGCAAACAAGUUGUUACAGAUCUGCAAAUAAGUUGUUACAGAUCUGCAAACAAGUUGUUACAGAUCUGCAAAUAAGUUGUUACAGAUCUGCAAACAAGUUGUUACAGAUCUGCAAACAAGUUGUUACAGAUCUGCAAAUAAGUUGUUACAGAUCUGCAAACAAGUUGUUACAGAUCUGCAAACAAGUUGUUACAGAUCUGCAAACAAGUUGUUACAGAUCUGCAAACAAGUUGUUACAGAUCUGCAAACAAGUUGUUACAGAUCUGCAAACAAGUUGUUACAGAUCUGCAAACAAGUUGUUACAGAUCUGCAAACAAGUUGUUACAGAUCUGCAAACAUGUUGUUACAGAUCUGCAAACAUGUUGUUACAGAUCUGCAAACAAGUUGUUACAGAUCUGCAAACAAGUUGUUACAGAUCUGCAAACAAGUUGUUACAGAUCUGCAAACAAGUUGUUACAAAUCUGCAAACAAGUUGUUACAGAUCUGCAAACAAGUUGUUACAGAUCUGCAAACAAGUUGUUACAGAUCUGCAAACAAGUUGUUACAGAUCUGCAAACAAGUUGUUACAGAUCCGCAAACAAGUUGUUACAGAUCUGCAAACAAGUUGUUACAGAUCUGCAAACAAGUUGUUACAGAUCUGCAAACAAGUUGUUACAGAUCUGCAAAUAAGUUGUUACAGAUCUGCAAAUAAGUUGUUACAGAUCUGCAAAUAAGUUGUUACAGAUCUGCAAAUAAGUUGUUACAGAUCUGCAAAUAAGUUGUUACGUACAGAUCUGCAAACAAGUUGUUACAGAUCUGCAAAUAAGUUGUUACAGAUCUGCAAACAAGUUGUUACAUAUCUGCAAACAAGUUGUAACAAGGUUGUUGUCAAGCCGAUAUCAGGGAUGUGUUCGCACUGCUUGUUCCCAGUUUCCCCCGCCAUAAAUAAUGACCGGUCCAGCGGUCCCUAAUCACUGCCUACGCUUGCACAGACCGAAUUUAAAUUUUAAACUGAUAAUAUAUAUUCGCAGCAGUGACGGAUUAAAAGCUUUCCGAAAUUACACACGUGGUGUUUUCAUUAAAAAACAAUUAAAUUUUAAUCUACACCGAUCUUCAUUACAAAUUUUAUUUCGUUGAAGCAUCGCAAUCGCAAGCUGUGUACACGAUGUCUUCCACAAAAAGCUUCGAUGUUAUCUUUUUACCAGUACAAAUGAUCUGUUGUAUCGGAAUCCUAGCGAAUUUGAUGCUAUUGAUCGCUUUUAUUAAAGACCCUUUAAAAUGUUUUCGAAAUUCUGCAACGUAUCUUGUUGGCAAUCUAGCUUUUUUCUGACUUGCUCGUUAAUGUUGUGUUGAUAACAAGCACUUUUCUGGAGUCCGAGAAUGCGGUCGUUGUCUUUUUGCAAUAUUUUUCAUUUUAUUCAUCAAUGUUGACAAUUUUUUCGAUCGCUCUUGAUCGAUACUUGAUGAUCACCUAUCCGUUCAAGCAUCGGUUCGUAAUGAGCGGAGAAAAAAUGGGAAUAUGGAUCGCUCUUAUUUGGUUUCUAAGCUCCGUUCAUCCCUUGAAGAAGAUUUUUAUUCACAACGAAAAUGAUGUCAAAGCAAAACCAGGGGUCGGUUCAGUUUCGAUAUACUACAGUAUUCACCGCCGUUCUCUAUGGCAAAACUUAUUUUGCGUUACGAAAACAAGCGAGAUCCAUGAUUGGUAAAAAAACUAUAUUUUCUUCGAAGCAAUGUCAGUAUGCGCCCAACAAAAGCAUUUCAAUGGAAAGCGGAACUUGUGUUGAAAGUGAAAAUCGCAAACGUGCUCAAAAUCAGGAUAAUCGCGUUCAAAAUGGGAUUGAACGUGAUCAAAGCUUGGAUGAACGUGCUGAAAAUCAGUAUGAACGUGCUGAAAUUGAACGUUUCAAAAGUCAUAGUGAACAUGAUCAAAGCGUGGAUGAACGUGCUGACAAUCAAAAUCAUCGUGCACAAAACCAGUAUGAACGUGCUGAAACUGAAAAUGAACGUGCCAAAAGUCAGAGUGAACGUAAUCAAAGCCUGGAUGAACGCGCUGAAGAUCAAAAUCAUCGUGCCCAAAAACAGAAUGAUCGUGCUCCAAAUCCAUAUGAACGUGCUGAAAUUGAAAAUGAACGUGCUAAAAAUCACAAUCAACGUGCUCAAAAUAAAAACGAACCUGUUGAAAGUCAGAAUGAACGUGCUCAACGUGAAGACCUUUCUUCCAACAAAAGGCCUAAAAAUUCCCAAGUAAUCAACAAUACAAGGGAACAGAAGUUCUUAAACACUAUAAUUAUAAUUGCAUGUAUUGCUGUCGUUACAGUGAUGCCAUGCAGGAACAAUUUAUAGCCUGCUUUCUGUUACGGAGACAAACAUCACGAUUCUUGGUGUUUUAAGUGCGAUAUUUUGUCUCAAUUUUGCCGCUAAUCCUUUUGUCUAUUGUUUGCGUUUAAAGCGAUAUCGGAAAACGUUUAAAAUCGUCUAUGGUUGUAAACGUUGAAUUCAGACUACACUGGAACGAAAUAAUGCCGAAAAAUUAAAGUAGCACUCGUGUAAACCCAAAGUAUUUCAAAUACAUCAAAGAAAUUUAAACGAAAAGCAUUCGAAUUUACUGUUUUAGGACCUGAGAUGCUUGCAUGGUUUACAAGCGGUACAAAAAGUGACGUUCUCAAACAAUUUCGCUCCGGCGUAUUGUGAACGUAAUUUUGUUUUUUAUUAAUUUUUUAAUGAACAAUAUUUUAACACGGUACAAUUUCAACUAAUAAAAAUAAUUAUGUACACAAUAUAAAAAGAAAAAAGGUGAUCUUCCAACUGGCCGUGCUCACACAAGUAGAAAGAAAUAUAUUAUUUACAAUAAUAUCUCGGCCUGCAUGAGACUUGGCAGUCACUCAACCUUGAUCAGCUGUUCUUAAUGCUUUCUCAAACGCUUACCAAACAAUCAUAUUUUUUGUAAUCAGCAUUUUCUGGUUUUCUUCACUGAAAAUUUGGUAAAACUACAUCUGUAAGGUUGGUUGCGCAAUGUCCAUUUUUCCAGAACGUACGUACUAGAUGUGUGCAUGCAUCGGAUCGGAUUGGACGUUUAUAAUCCGACAAUUGGCUAAUGUUUAAAAUCCGAUCCGAUCCGAAAUUGUCUAAUCCGAAUCCGAUCCGAGUUUUGAUAAAGAAUUCCAAUUCGAUCUGAUCCGAAGAAUUCUUUAAUAAAAUAGAUUUCUCUCACGUCCAAUUGAAGUAUCAAACGAAUAAUGCAGCGACAAUCGCGAUAAUGCUUUGAUAAAUGCAUGGAUAAUUAAUUCUUGUGAUAAUGCGUGGAUAAUUAAUUCAUUUUAUUUGGGAUAUCGAAGUCUGAUCCGAUCCGACUACGAAACAACUUUAUCGAUCCGAUCCGAAAUGAAUAUUUUGGUUCCGAAAUCCGAACGAAUCCGAUCGGAUCGGAUUUGCACACUUCUAGUACGUACGUCUAUCGUGUGAAGAUGUUAAAGCUUGAUUUCCAUUAAAUCGUAAUUAUCGCAAGAACCGCAUCGCGGUUGAGAGGAACGCCAAAACGAUUUUAGGUUUUGAACAUUUUUCAUCGAAAAUACGAGGUAUUGAAAAAAAUUGCUUCUUAAAUCGUAGUUGGAACACUCAUCAAAUCUUCAUUUUGUUAAUCUCGAGUUUGAAAUGUCCCCUGUAACAAUUUGUGACUGUUAAACUGACGUCUUGGUAUACACCUUUUUAAAACGCACAAAUUCCCUACCUCCUGACAGGGAAAUUAGCCUCUCUAAUAUAUUAUGAAUAUUAUAAAUUUGUAACAUUGCCAACAGUUGGAACCGUAUACAAAUUUUGGUAUAAUUCGAGUAAUAUUUAUUAUGACAACUGCGGAUUGAGAGAGAUACAAGCAGAACUUCGAUGUUUCGAGCGAAGGCCGUUCGUCGGGAAGUAAUAGGGACCUUUAGCAAAUAGGUGACGGCAACGCGACGACAACGGCCAAACCAUACUCAUUCAAAUAAGUAACUUUAAGAUCAACAUGUCUUGUAUUAUUCGUUGUAUGAAUUUAUUGCAAUUUAGAAGGUUAAGACAUAGGUUUAUAGUUGAAAAGACUUCUACUAAGCCAAUUUGGCGACGACGACUUCUCGCGGCUUGAAAGGCAGACGUUAUGUACAAAACAUGAAAAUCUUUGGUUUGCUGUUGUAAAUAGAGCAAGGACGACGUCUAAAACUCCCAAGGGACCUUUAAUUAUGCAUUUUCUUUCUACACUGUCAUAAAUUUGACUGUAUUAAUAGCCGUCGCCGUCCUGCUAGCUAAAGGUCCCUAGUGACUUCCCAAGGAAGGGUCUUCGCUCGAAACGUCGAAGUUUUGCUUGUAUUUUGUCAGGUAGUAGUAUCUCUCGCAAUCCGCAGCUAUCUUGUUAUAUCGUCGCCACCAACACUGGCACAGACCGUUCGAGAUUAUAUUUAUUAUGCCAUUUCUUGUUUCUCAGAUUACAGGUCGUUGAAAAUAGGAUUGGAGUUGUGAUUUCUUCUUUUUUUUUAUUUCAUAGGUGAUUGGUUUUAUUUCUGCAGUACUUGGAAAGACUGGAACAAAGUUGGAUAUUUAUGGAAAGUUUUUAUCUGAGAAUGAUAAGGUGUGCACAAUAACAAUUCAAUUUCCAGAAAUUCAAUUGGCUGUGAAACGCCAAUGAAUGCGUAAAUAAUAGUGGUCGAAAGAGUAUAUGCGGUCAUUAAUCAACCCUUGCAAGUGAUGUCAUAACACAUCAGUUGGCGUAAUUGUGUGCGUAAUUCGAAUUCAUAAAGUGGUUUCCAUCCUGGCAACCAUUAUUUUUGCCACCAAAAAUUGCGGAUUCCUUAGCGUGACGUAACAUUCCCGCAUGAGUGCAAGACCUGAAUACAGCUGUAUGCUAUGCUUUAAAGUGUUUACUACCCAAACAACACCACCACCAUCCUAAAAAGCAUGCUGGAGAAGAUCUCACAAUUAUCCUAGGAGACUCUUUGACAAGAGGAAUCAAUACGAGGAACAUAAGAAGGUCAACCAGUAAAAAUGUAAUUAUCCGUACUUUUCCUGGGGCAGCGGUUAAGGAUAUGGUAGAUUACAUUAAACCAUCCUUGCGUUUACAACCUGCCCAUAUUAUUAUCCACGUUGGGACCAACGAUCUGAAAUCAAGUGAGGUGAAAACGCUAACUGAAAACAUAUCCAAGCUCUGUGAUGAGAUCUAUAACUUCGAUCCCAAGAUCGACAUCACACUUUCACAAAUAAUAACUAGAACUGAUAGCCCAACCUCGUUCCCAGGGUAUUUAGGGAAUACCCUGGUAUGGGCUGGUCACGUGCCUCGUCCAAAAUUUAGCGCCCGAGGGGGUGUGGGAAAAGUAUCAAAUUACAUGAUUCCAGUGGAGAUAUUUUGUUUACAGUAACAGUUAAAAACAUUAUUAAGUUCAAAAUACUUGCUAAUUUUUGUUUAUUUUCUUUGCUUUGAAUUUACAAGAACAUUCUUACAUUUUUACCAACAGUCAAGUCAAGAAACCAAGCAAAUCGUUACUCACAGUGCUCUCUCGUGUUGUUAUUCAAUGCCGUCUCUUCACACUCGAGCGCGGUUUUAUAACAAACGUUUAUUAUGAGCUUUCAGUCAUCAUUUCUACAUAUGUAAUGUUUUUAAAAUACGCCAUUAGAUUUGUCCUUUCUUGUAAAUGUUUAUAUGCUUUGCACCGAUUUAAUUACUUGAUACUACGUCUACGGGUCUUGUUUAUAAGAUUGAAAGAAACAGUAUUGUAUUGUCUGGGACUAGAGCCCAAUAUUAGCAAAUGUAAACAUUUGAUACUAGCCAAACAGAGAAAGUCUGUCAGUGAUUAUAAAAUUUUGGAUUUAGUACAUAGUAUCCGGUGAUUAUAGUCAGGCUUUAGCCUUUUUCUUGGUCUUUAUUAAUCAUAAUAUUUUCCUAAUAUACUAAAACUAUAUAUCACAAAUUUACAGUGUCAGACGCGCACAGACUGUCAUACGAAUAAACAUAAAUUUUCGAGUUUUCUACUUCUACUAACAUUUUUAAAGUUUUCAUUGUGAAUCAUCUGUUUAUUUCUAGUUCAUUAGUCAUUAAUAUGCUCUAAAAAGCAAGGCUCUCAAAUAUAUUUGUAUAUUUAUUUGAUAGUGUCAUAGUGAUAUAUGCAUUUACAAGCAAUCCUGGAUAUGAUAAAGACGA